AUGCCCGACAACGACAACCCUCUGGCUGGCCUCCCGCCGGCCAACAACGACAUCAUCGACGACGGCGACGAUGAUGACCUCGAUUUGACCAAGAUCACAGUGCCUACCAUCAUUCCACUUAAGGGUGACCACAACCUGGAGGAGUGGAAGCUGGAAGUUCGUGUCGCAUUUCGCCUUCUCAACAUCACCAAGUUCCUCGAUGGUACGGCUGUUGAGCCUCCCGCGAAUGCGUCGUCCAAGAAGAAGAACAAGUUCCGCGUCCAACAGACUGUUGCAUACGCGGCUCUUUCGAAGUCAGUCGCCCCGGUCAGGGACAUAAUCAAGAGCAACGGCUACGUGUAUGCCGAGGACGACUUCGACCCAUACAAGCUUUACCUUGCGACCUGCAAAGCCUUGACAGGCAUGUCCGACGAAGGUUGGUGUGGUAUGGUGUGGGAACUCUCCCAGAUCAACGCCAGCAACUACGACACCUUGCGCGCUUUCGUCUCGCGUUUCCAUUACCUGAUUGCGAAGCUCAAGGACGUGGGCAUCAACCUUCCAGACAGGUUCCUACAGGCGCAACUCCUUUUGGGUUUGAAGACAUACGAUGCCAACUGGGUCGACAUGCUUCGCUUCCAACUGCAGACUGGACAGUUGGAUUACGAGAAACUGCUCAACCUCGUCACGACUAAGGCUAACGAACAGACCAUGUUCAACAUGUCGGCCACGUCGAAUCAAACCGCCAAGAAGGGCAACAAUCAGCAAGCCGGACAGCAAAAGUCUCGGCCUCAGUCACAACAACAAGCUGGCGCUCAGUCAGGGUCACUCUGCGGCGACCCCAGGUGCGGUAAAUACCAUCCAAGCACCCCGAGACACCCGUACCACGACAUCUGCAAACUACACCAUCCUGGCGGCAAUGAUGAGUGCUGGGUUGUGCACCCAGAGAAAAAGAAGGAAUACCAUGCGCGUAAGAAGAAAAACGACGCGUCAAGCAACACUUGCAACACCAACAGCAGCGGUACGCCUGAUGGUGGGAACAACAACAACGCCAACCGUGGCAUAUUCAACUUUGACUCAGGCGUCAUGAACGGCGUCAACAACAAUAGGGCCAAUGCCUUGAUCAACACCGUCCAUCUGAUGACAGCGAUUGAUGUCUACAACCUUGACAUUGCUGACGACGGUGCUGAGCCCUCUGAGGCUGCAGACAAAGUCGUCGCCUCUGCAGUAGUUGGAUCCAUCUCUGCAGACUCAAAGAUCACUCGGGACACUGUUUGCCUAGAUUCGGGCGCUUCAAACAGCGUAUUCAACGAAUCCAAGUGGUUUGACGACCUGUCUGAGCUUGAUCAACCUGUUAAAGUCGCCUCUGCAAAUGGCGGCACCUCGAAUCACGCCCUGGGAGGUGUGGUCUCUCUCUCAUGCGAGCGGUCGUGUGGUGGCCUUACCAACUUGACCAUCCGGAACGCCAUUUACUCCAAGGAUACGCCUCUCAAUCUCGUGUCAACCGGGCAGCUGCGUCGCCGUGGGGCGGUGUUUGACGGUCUGACUGACCGUCUUAUCCUCAAGGACAACCCUGCUCAGGAAGUCGCACAGCUCGGUUGGGUUGGAGACAUCUCGGUCUUCAAACUAAAUUCUAUUCCGGUCCAGAGUACUGAAGUCGUCCUGGUUGCCAUUCAGCAUCUGGCUCUCCCCGCCAUUGACUACGAAGUCAUGCAUCGUCGUUUGAUGCACGCGUCAAUGGACAAAGUUAUCAAAGCCUGCAGGCAAGCAGGUAUCAAGAUUAACACCCGCGAUGCAGGUAGCCAUCGUUGCAAGUGGUGUUAUCUUGGCAAGUCGCAGCAAUUGAUAUCCCACGACAAACUGCCCGCAGUGUCGCGCGCGUUGCAGCGCAUCCACGUCGACUCCAUUCCACACAAGCCUACUGGCAUUGGCGGGAAGAAUCACGCCAUCCACAUCGUUGACCAGUACUCUGCUUACCAUUGGUAUGUCGCCAUUGGAAGCAAGUCGGAUGGCUUCACGGCGCUUACCAACUAUAUCGUCUUUGUGGAGGUACAAUCAGGGACCUUAGUCCAAGAGAUCCACGUCGACAAUGGCACCGAGUUCAGCAUGGAUAAGCUGAGGGACUGGUGUCUUGCUCGUGGCAAGAAGUUGACACCCAUAUCGCCAAACUGUCCGCAACAGAACCCAAUGGCAGAACGCGCCGGCCGUACCAUUGUUGAGGGCGCCCGCACUGCGAAUCUGGAGGCGGGAUUUCCUGAAGAAUACUGGCCGUUGGCGGAGGAGGCGUUUGUUCAUGUUUUGAACCGCCUGCCAACCUCCCACAAUACAGACGACAAGUCGCCUAUGCAAACACUGGGUGAGUCGCUUGGUCUCGCGCGGGAUCAGUGCAUUCCACGCAUCCACCACCUCAGGGCGUAUGGUGCGAUUACCUUCGUCCACAUCCACGAUAAGAAGGUUAGACCACAGGGCCGCAAGAUGCUGGCAAAGGCCAUUGAGGGGAAGCUCUGUGGCUACGAAGGCAAUUCGGGCAAGGUCUACCGCAUCCGACUGAAUAGCAGUGGGCGUAUUGUACGCGCCAGAGAUGCGCGGUUCAUUGAGGAACUGACUGAGCCUGACGACACAACUGUCGACAACGAGCCAAUCUACGAAGCAACCUUCAAGGAUGUUUACCACGAGGACGAGUUCUUCAAGACAGUUGUCUACCUUGAUCACGACGUCGUCGACCGCCCUACACCUGCGAAUAAGGUGCAGUUUGACGACAACCCUGUCAUUGUGGAGGACUCCGCUGUACUUGACAAGGAAGCCGACACGCCAGAGAACAUUGACACUGGCCUCCAAACCCCUGAACCGACCCCUGAACCUGCGGGGGCUGACGACCACUUUGACACCGAAGGCAUGGUGGAUCAGGAAGAUCAGGAAGUUCGGAACGACAGCAUCUUCAACACUGAGGAGACACGCCCACGUCGAAGGGCCUUGCCACCUGGUUAUUAUUCAACCCUCAACAGCAAGGGCAAAGAGGCCGCUGAAAAACUGCUUGCAGGGCUUUUCGUGGAUCUUGAUCAGUUUGAGCUUGAGGCGCCAGAGAUGAUCAUGUCAGUGAUUGACAAUAAGGACCUCUUCGCACCUACCCACGCCAAGAUCCCCAAGACUUACAAGGAAGCGUCAAAGCGAACUGACUUUUAUACGCACUGGCAACCUGCUUGCCAGGAACAAUACGACAAAUUGAUCGCGUCUGGCACCUGGAAGCUGGUUGACAGGCCUCCUGGCGCCAAUGUUCUCCCUGGCAAGUGGGUAUUCGACCAGAAGUUUGACGACCAAAGCAACUGGGUGCGGAAUCGCGCCCGCUGGGUUGUCUGUGGUAACUUCGAGAAUGGCGACUACCAGCCGUACGAGGUCUACUCAGCUGUUGUACAUGCAUCAACAGUCCGUAUCUUCUUCAACCUUGUGGCUGCACUGGACCUCGAGUGCCACCAGUUUGACGUCGUGAACGCGUUUCUGAACGCCAUUGUUCCUGACGACGUGGAUGUCUACGUCCGGCAACCCACAGGGUUCGAGGAUGGCACUGAUAAAGUGUGCCGCCUCGUAAAGGCCCUCUAUGGCCUUCAACGUUCGUCAUUGUGGUGGUACCAGACCCUCGUUCCGGAGCUCAAGAAACUGGACUUUGAGCCGUUGACAACAGACGGCUGCAUGUUCAAACAUACCGGAAAUGGCGCCCUGCUUCUGAUCUACGUCGACGACUUCCUUCUUGCGGCGCCGACUGUCGAGAGUAUCAAUAAGGUCGCCGACGUGUUGGGUUCCAUCUUCGAGCUGAAGUGCCUGGGCGAGGCCCGCACUUUCCUUGGUUAUACGGUGUUCCGCGAUCGCGACAACCGUGUUAUCUACGUCAAUCAGGCGACUUACGUCACGAAGAUCCUGGAGCGAUUCGGCAAGACGAACCUCCACGCAGUAAAGACUCCCUGGAUCACGGGCGGCUUCAAUCUUCCGAAGACCUACGAUGUGGUUGAAUCAGCCACGAAGGGGUAUCAAUCAGAAGUCGGCGCCAUCAAUUACCUGGCAAACGGUACUCGUAGCGACAUGUCCUACACUACCAUGCGACUGGGCGAAGCAAAUUCGGGGCCCUCGAGCGCCCAUCUUCAACUUCUUCAGCACUUGUGGCGAUACAUCUCGGGCACGCGCGACCUUGGAAUUCGCUGUGGUGGAGGUAUCACGCCCUCAAACCUACAACUGCGGGCUCAUGGCGAUGCCAGCUUCGCGACCGACCUGUUGACACGCGUGUCGGUUGGGGGUCACGUUGUCAUGAUCGGCAACUGCCCUGUGGUCUGGAAGGCCAAGAAACAAACACUCGUCACUCUGUCGAGCACUGAGGCAGAGUUCAUCAAUUUGACGCCUACGGCGCUGUCGCUACUGUGGGUAGCCAAUGUAUUGAAGGACGCUGGGUAUCAACAGAAUGCGCCUCUGUUGUUCUUUACCGACUCAGCCAACGCCAGGGCGAUUGCCCUGAACCCUCUUAACACCGCCAGAACUUAUCACAUUGACCUGCGGUACAAAUGGAUAAUCCAACGCAUGGCCAUGGGCCAAUUCCAACUGGACCACGUCGGCACUGAUGAUAUGGUAGCUGACGGCCUUACAAAGGGCCUGAGUGGUGCGAAACACGCUCAGUUCGUCAAACAGUUGGGUCUCUGCGUUCCCCCUCUCCGUGAAGGGAAGAUCCGGGCCGAUUGA